GAGCGGGUCCAUUUAAGAAAAAGGUGAGAGAAGCUCUCGUGGAGCGUUUGAGUGUGAUGAACCCCAAAAGGAGCCUGCCGAACGUCAAUGCGUAUGCAGGCCAGAAGCUCGACGAGCUGUACGACAACAAAAUGUUGGAGUUGCGAGUGCCUUUCUACACACUCGAAACGGCACCGUCUCGUGGCAUUGACUGGCGCAUGCCGCAACCUCCAUCGGCUGGUUAGCAUCCGGGAGGCGGUGGAGGAGGAGACGAAGGAGACGGCGGAGGUGACGGAGGAGACGGCUCAGGAUCUCAUGGAGGAGAUGACGGAGGAGACGACUCAGGAUCUGUUGGAGGAGGUGAGGGAGGAGGCGGCUCAGGAUCUGUUGGAGGAGGUGAGGGAGGAGACGGCUCACGAUGUGCCAGAAAGGGGUCAGCUGGAAAGGGGUCGGGCGGAAAGGGGUCGGGUGGAAAGGGGUCGGGCGGAAACGGGUCGGCGGGGAAGGGGUUGGGCGAAAAGGGGUCGGGCGGAAAGCGUAAAGCUGUUGGAGGGGCCCGCUGCAGGAGUGUUGGAGACCGCGGGUAGCGAGUAUGAACGUAAUGCUUCGGAGGGUGUAUCCGUUGACUGUGAGACCAAGAGUACAACAACUUCUGUGGAAGCGGAGCUCUCACCGGGAGUGCAUGCUGUACAGUACGAAGAGGAGACUCAACAAUGGCAGUCUCGCAGAGUGUUGGAGACCGGGGCUAGCGAGUAUGAACGUCAUGCUUCGGAGGUUGCGUCCGACAAUGAUGACGACGGUGAUGAACACGAUGAUAGUGACGAUUACGGUGGUGAUGUUGAUCUGGGCGACGAUGUCGCUGACGAUGAUGACGAUGUUGAUGACGAUGAUGAUGUCGAUGAUGAUGUUCGUGAUGAUGAUGAUUGUGAUGACGACGAUGAUGAUGAUGACUAUGAUGACGACGAUGAUGACGAUGUUGAUGAUGGCGAUGACAACGAAGAGGACGAUGGCGGUGAUUUCGAUGACGGCGACGAUGUCGCUGAUGAUGAUGAUGUUGUUGAUGACGUUGAUGAUGUUGAUGAUGAUGUCGAUGAUGAUGACGCUGUUGAUGACGUUGACGAGGUUGAUGAUGACGUUGUUGAUGAUGAUGAUGAUGUUGAUGAAGAUGAUGAUGAUCACGAUGACAAUGAUGGUGAUGAUGAUGAUGAUGAUGAAGAUGAUGACGCUGAUGGUGGUGGCGACGAUGAUGGUGAUGAUGGGGGCGAUGAUGAUGAUGAUGAUGGCAAGCAAGAAUCACGGGGCCGCUCGCGACUUGAAACAGGGCGGUCCUCGCGAUUCGGCAUGGGUACCGCGGAAGGGGACGAGUUUCGUGGGAGGGAAGUAGGGGAGGAAACGGAGGAACAGAAGGGAGCACAAGAAGGGGAGGAAGAAGGGAAAGAAGAGGUGGAAGGGGAGGAAGCGGGAGAAACGGAGCUAAUUGAUUUGUUUGAAGGAAGGGAGGGUGCCGGGUCUGGAGAAGACGAAGUGGAACACAGUGAGGACGAUGCCGGAUCUGGAGAGUCGUCUGACGAGUUCGGACAACUGUACGGAGAGCAUCACGAGGAUGAUGUCGACGACGAUGCCACGGCAAUAGAGAUGGAGACACAAGUGGUCAGCAGCCUUUCCGCAGAGCCUGAAGAUUAUGCAGUCCGGCCACUGACGUCUGCUGUCGACUUGCAGCGCCGGUUCGACGAGGCUUCCGUCGCUAUCAGCCCGUCUGAAAAAAGUCGACGUAUAAGCAUCGAUGAAGUUAUCGACGGUAUCCUCGGCGACCACAACGUGUCUGCCCGUCCGUCCGCAACUGCCAACGUCGCAUCUUCCGUGGCAGCUGCCCUCGCUUCGUCACCGCCGAAGUCUCUGGCGCUGCAGGCCACCCUUGCCGCCGAAGGGGAAGGCGAGUGCGGUGGAGGACAGCAUUUGACGUCCCUAAAAAAAUCGAGGUUCGGCGGUCAGGCUCUCGACGUGCUCGCUUUGCCUGCGCCAAAUUCACCAUCGAAGGAGCGGAGAGAGAAACGGACUGGGGUGGUGUCGUCUCGAACACGGAGGUCCUCCAAAUAUCCAGAGCACAUAUUGCAGAAAGUCCCCGGGUUGAGUAAAAAACACAAGGAUAUGUUAAAGACAUUAGGAGUUGAUGUCAAGAUCGGGAAGGAGUACACCGUUGCCAUUGAGGAAUGUCUUUCCCUUCUUGCCCCAGAGAAAGAGACAUAUCCACGAUCUCCGGCUCGCGAAGUGCUGAAGGGGGUCGAUGCAGGAGUGUUGGAGGCCGGGGCUAGCGAGCAUGAACGUAAAGUUUCUGAGGGUGCAUCCGUCGACUCGGAGAGCAAGAGUACAGCAGCUCCGGGGGAAGAGGAGCUCUCACAAGAAGCGCAUGCUCUGCGGUGGGAAGAGGAGAUUCAACACUGGCCGGCUUGCGAAGUGCUGAAGGGGCUCGACGCAGGAGUGUUGGUGACCGGGACGUCCGAAGAGGUUCUGCACUGUCGGUCAGUUGUGGCGACGACGCAAGAGGGUGACGUUAAGGGAGGUCAGUGGACGUUUGUGGAAGGCAAUGACCGUGGGGAGGAAGGACGUACGUGGACGUUCGUGGAAGCUCGGCUUCUUGGUGAUGAGGAAGGCGAAGAAGAACCCCUGGUGGAAGUUCGGGUUCAUGGCGAUGAGAAAGGCGAAGAACCCGUGGUGAAAGGCGGUGAGGUGGCGGUCGGCAUCUAGAUGGAUCCAGAGCGGAAGGAUCAUGAUUCUCCGUCCACCCGUUGCAGUGAAGAACAAGGUGUAAGGUUGUCAAUGUUCCUGCCCAUGAAGCCUUCAAGAGCCAUGCGCGGGAAAUGUUUUUCAGGGAGGUCAUUGGCCGCUUUACCGAAGAAGUCGUCGUCAAGUGUAGGGUUGUUUAAAAAGGUCCAGAUGCGUCGCCUUUCCCAAAGAGUUGUCAGGGUUAUGAAGGUUUGUCGAAUAGAUAAGGAGGAAGCUUUGCAGAAACAUAUGGUUGCAUCUAUUGAAAGUGUUACUGCUUUGUCUGAUGGGUCUGAUGACGAUGCCAAACGGGGUAUCUCAAAAGACCCGUAUCCUAAGUACAUCACCAAGGACACAUUCAACAGUCGGGGACUGUGUGUCCAAAAAUGGAUUCAAUGCGGGUUCCGCGUUGAAAAAUUGAACGCGCGUUCAAUUCGCGUUCAAUUCCCGUUCAAAUGUGCGUUGGACGGGAAUGAACGGGGCCCGCAAUG